AAUUUGGCUCUUUGCACCCGUUUUUCUCUCACUUGCCACUCUAUUAUUGUGACCCAUAACCCAUCCUCCUCUCUGCACUUUCGACACUCUGCAUUUAUACCCAUCUCUCUCUAUCUCUGUCUCUGAGUCAUCUCUUUUGCUUUCAAUUCUCAAAUUCUAUCUCCUGAAUAUAGUCUAGGUUCAUUUGCUGGGUUGGUUGUUUGAGAGGUCAAGGCAGAGAUAUAUCAGCCAUGAUUCAAAGUACAACACGAUUUCGUAAGUUGGUUCGAUCCGUUGGAGUUGGUUCUUCAUUAUCUUCGUCAGCCAAGCUUAGAGUUCACCGUUGCUUUGGUUCUGUGGCUGCAUCUAAUGCGGAACAAGCAUGUGAACAAUCUGUAGAAAGCUAUAAUGUUAAAAAGAAUGAGUAUGCUGAUUUGGAUUGGGAUAAUCUUGGGUUUGGUUUAACGCCAACUGAUUACAUGUACGUUAUGAAAUGCUCCAACAAUGGCACAUUUGAACAAGGCCAACUUAAUCGUUAUGGAAACAUUGAACUCAACCCUGCUGCUGGAGUACUAAAUUAUGGACAGGGUUUGUAUGAAGGCACAAAAGCAUACAGGAAGAAAGAUGGAAAUCUCAUUCUCUUUCGUCCAGACCAGAAUGCAAUGCGGAUGCAGUUUGGUGCAGAAAGAAUGUGCAUGCCCUCACCGUCCGUCGAUCAAUUUAUUGAUGCUGUGAAGCAAACAGUUCAAGCCAACAAGUGUUGGGUUCCUCCACCAGGGAAAGGGUCUUUGUAUAUUAGGCCUCUACUUAUAGGAAGUGGUCCUAUAUUGGGUUUGGCUCCAUCUCCUGAGUAUACAUUCCUUGUAUAUGCUUCCCCUGUGAGGAACUAUUUCAAGGAGGGCUCUGCACCCUUGAAUAUAUACGUUGAGGCGGAGUAUGAUCGUGCCUCUCGUGGGGGAGCUGGAGGUGUCAAAAGCAUUACCAAUUAUGCUCCAGUUUUGAAGGCACUACUCAGAGCUAAAAACAGAGGAUUUUCGGAUGUUCUGUAUCUUGACUCGGUAAAUAAAAAAAAUCUGGAGGAGGUCUCUUCUUGCAACAUUUUCAUUGUGAAGGGCAACCUUAUUUCAACUCCGGCUGCAUUCGGGACGAUUCUUCCCGGAGUUACUCGAAGAAGCAUUAUUGAAAUUGCUCGUGAUCUUUGUUACCAGGUUGAGGAACGUCCUAUUCCGGUGGAUGAAUUGAGUGAAGCUGAUGAAGUGUUCUGCACAGGAACUGCUGUUGGUGUUGCUCCUGUGGGCAGCAUUACUUGUCAGGGCAAAAGGAUGGAGUACAAAACGGGUGCUCAGACUGUGUGCGCACAACUUUACUCAACCCUCGUAGGAAUUCAAACGGGUCAUAUUGAGGAUAAGAAAGGCUGGAUUGUUGAAAUUGAAUGAUAUCCCAUUUCAGAUUUUACAGUGGAAUAAGAUGUACAAAAUUAUAAUCACCCACAUGUGCAGACCGUCUCGGACGACAGAACUACUGUGUGCCAUUUUUUUAUCAGUUAUUCAAAUCUACAACUUGCACCUAGUGUUAAA